AUGAAUUGCAACGAGCUGCAGGAGCAGGCACGGCCGUCGCGGUAUCUGGUCAAGCGGCCCAAGGCACUGCAGUGGUUCCACAAUGGCCGGCUGUACAAGGCCAGCGACGAGGAGCGGCAGGCCGGGCGGUUCGAGCUGUUCCUCGACCUUCUCUACGUCGCCAUUGUCGCCAACUUUAGCGAAGAGCUCGCCGAGCACCCGGACGGAGCCCACCUGGCCAAGUACAUACUCAUCUUUGCGCCGGCAUGGCACAUCUGGGCGGACCUGCGGGAGAUUAUGAACUCGUACUACACCGACGACCUGGCCCAGCGGCUCGUGAUCCUGUGGGUCAUGGCGCUGCUGGUGCUGUACGCCAACAACGCGCCCGUGAUCGGCAGCGGCGCAGACGCCGCGGAGAGCCUGGCGGCCAUCCAGACGGCCGCGGGGGCGUACGUGGCGGCGCGGUUCACGGCGGCGGCCGUGUUCCUGGUGAGCUCGUUUGCGAGCUACCAGCACCGGGUGCAGGCGCGCAUCAUGGCCGGGUUCAUGCUGGGCGGGAUGCUGCUGACGAUCCCGCUGUUCCUGCCCGGGGUCGACCUCGCCACGGGCAAGGCGCCCGUCGCGGCGGUCCUCAUCGUCUACCAGGAGGCCACGUGGGCGCUGACCCUGAGCCCCUGGAUCAAGAGGCGGCUGCGCCUCACGUACAGCACCGCCGUCGACAUUGCCCACGAGAUUGACCGGCUCGCCGCCUUCUUCAUCAUCAUCCUCGGCGAGUUUGUCUACUCGGUCAUCGUGGGCAACCCGGCGGGCGUCGGGCUCACCUCGGGCUACGCAAAGGCCGUCUGCGUCCUCGUCGUCGCCUUCUGCCUCAACUGGCUCUACGUCUCGGGCGACGGCAGCCUCGCCGCCACGCACCCGAUCCGCAGGUCCGCGUGGACCGCGUUCGGCUUCUUCCUCCUCCACCUGCCCCUCUCCGCGAGCUUCCUCAUCGGCGGGCACGUCGCGGCCAUCGGUGUCGGCGAGGAGGUGUACGAGAUGGGCCAGGAGUGGCUGCUGUGCGGAGGGCUGGCGACGGGCCUGGCCUGCCUGUGGGUGUACGCGAUGCUGUACAGCAGUCAUGACGAUGCCGACCACCAUGACGGGCGCAAUGGAAAUGGUCUCCUGCUCCCCAAGACGCUCCGCAUCGGGAUGAGGCUCGUCGGCGCCAUCCUCCUCGUCUUCCUCCCGCUCAUGACCCGCAAGCAGACCGGCGGCAACGAACCGGCCGUCGACGCGAGGACCUUCCUGGCCAUCGUCACGGCCAUUGUCGUCUUCAUCACGCUGUGGGAGAUGAUUGGCGGCCUGACGCGGGACUUUGCCGUGUUUGAGAAGUGGGACAAGGAGGCGAGGAAUCCGCCCGUGGAGAACGGGUCUGACGAGCCCGGGCUGGUUGAGGAUGGGCACAGUGAUGAGUGA